UUUACUGUCAUCGGACUGUCAAACGAUACUGUGAUAUAAAACAAAAAAUAAAAAAACUCAAAGGCGUCGGCUUUAUUUUACCCUUGUAUUUGCAUAAUUUUCAUUCAGUUGUUUAACAUUUUGGAUUUUUACAAAGUAAAUUUGUAGUGAAAUUAUUGAAAGAUGAGUGCAACGAAACUAACACCAAUACCAGUGAUUACAAAGCUAAGUUCAACGUUAAUUCGAAUUCUGGGUUGUAACCCUGGUCCAAUGACGUUGCAGGGAACUAACACAUAUCUUAUCGGAAAUGGCAGACGUCGAAUUUUGUGCGAUACCGGAGAACCAAAUAAGCCAGACUACAUAAAGCAUCUUAAAACAGUAUUGCGUGAUGAAAAGGCCACAAUUAGUGAUAUCAUUUUAACACAUUGGCACAACGAUCACAUCGGCGGUGUAAGGGAUGUUUUGCAGUGUCUGGAUGAUGCUAAUGACUGUAAUAUAUGGAAACACCCGAGAACCGAUGCAGAAGAUUUAUAUUCAGAGGUUUUGGGCGAUUUUAAAUUACAAUCUCUUGAAAAUGGACAAGUUUUCAGCACCGACGGUGUAAAUUUGAAAGUGAUACACACGCCUGGACAUACAACAGAUCAUUGCAUUCUCACUAUGGUCGAAACAAAAGAGAUUUUCAGUGGUGAUUGUAUUUUAGGUGAAGGCACAGCAGUAUUUGAAGAUCUUUAUGAUUAUAUGAAGAGUUUAAAAUUAAUUAUCAACGAAAAUCCCACAACAAUUUACCCAGGACAUGGCAAUGUUGUUACAAAUCCAAUACCAAAAAUUCAAUAUUACAUUGACCAUCGGAAUCAACGUGAAGCCCAAAUAUUUGAUGUACUUGAAUCAAAUCGAGACAUAUGGUAUACUGCUAUGGAUUUAGUGAAAAUUAUUUAUAUUGAAACGCCAGAGCAGCUGUGGAGGGCAGCCGCCCACAAUGUAAAACAACACUUGAAAAAAUUAGAAAAAGAGCACAAAAUCGAAUCAAAAAUAUUCGAUUCACCCGAUGAGCCAGAUGGCAUCAAGUGGAAGUACUUAAAAGACUAAAUUGCAAUUAAAUUUGUGCCAAAUAGAGAUGAAUAAACUCCAAUUAUUUACGGAA